AUGAUUUUUAACAGCUUCUUCUCCGUUCUUACAUUAACUGUUGCAAAAGAAGCAUGGAGCAGAGAAAGAGCUGUCAAAACCCUAGAACAGCCUGAAGAUAUGGUGCCAGUUCUCUUAUUUACACCCAGGGGGCGCGGGGCGGGCCGGUGUCUAUGGCAACCACUGUCCGGCGGCCGAGGCCGCAGGCUGGCGGCAGGGAGCGGCAGCAGCGCGGGCCCAGCGGUGCCCAAAGGCAGGUUGGCCAGUCCCAGCACUGCGCCGGACGGCGCUUGGUUCCCGCACCUUGGAUUAUUCCAUAGUCAACCCGAAUUGAUCACAGACCAUAUGCUAAAGCAGAUACAAAAUCCAGAAGAGGUUUGGUAUAUUGAGAAGACAUUGCCAGUAGUAUACAAAAUUUGGGAGCAGAAAGCUGUAAAAAAUCACUUUCCAUUUUCAACCCAUGACAACAGGAAUUGUUUACAGAAUGUGGGAGAGUACUUUGAUUUUGUGAGUAUCCAGCACUGAGAAAAUCAGCAAGUUCAUAUCUCUCGACCUGCCAGAGAUUAAACACAAUAUUCUUGCAAAAUUCAUGGAUGCUCAAAAAGGUGAUGAGAGAAAAUGCACAGUAACACCAAUGAUAACAUACACAGAUUGUUGGGACAUAACUUCUUAUGUGUAAUGACAUAUGGGUAUGUCUUCUCAAUCCUCAUAACAAUAUAAUAUGGCAUUUACAGAUACCCAGAAUAGUAUGUAGGAUCUGGCAGGAGUGAUACAUACAUAAUUGACUUCUUGUGGAGCAUAGCAGCCCAAAUCGUGUCACUUUCUCUUAGUCUACAGGUUUAUGAGUUAACCACUUGCAAAAGUGUUUUUGUACUGAUUUUUAAUCUGGACACAGUGAUUGUUUGGUGUGCAAAUGCAAAUCUGGCAUUCUGUUUUGGAAGCAGAGUUUUGGAAGUAUUCUCACACUGCUGUGUUGGUGAAAUUCAUCUCUUCUCACAAAAAGUUAGAAUAAAUGGUCUUUUUGUAGGCAAUUAAGUAGGGAUUGUAAGAAACAACCUGUGAACAAGCUUCAGGACUGUAGCACAGCCUCUCUGGACAUGUCUAUACGAACAGUUAGUGCAUGGCAAGCUAGGGUGUAAAUCUACAGCGCACUAGCCUGCUAUGCACUAACUGUCCAUGUGGACCCUGCUACCGUGCACUAAAAGUUCCAUAUUGUGUUUUAAUGUACUCUGCUUUGAUAGUAGCAUACCUUGUUACAGUCUGUGGGGCUGAAAUAAAGGCUGCUUUGCUAUUCCAGACUCUAGAUAGAUCGUGUGCCCCUCUGGCGCAACCCCAUUUCUCCCGGCUUAUUUGGAGCUAGCAUGAAGCUUACCUCUGUGGUGAGCAAGAGUUAUAGGGGCCUCUCUAUGUAGCUGCUCCACCUGGAAGUUUAGUAGACUAGAGAAGCUUAUAGGAUAUGUGUUUAAAGGUAUCAUAAGGCAGUGGUUCUAACCUUUCAGGGGUCUGAUUUGUCUUGCAUACCCCAAGUUUCAUCUCACUUAAAAAGCUACUUGUUUAUAAAAUUAGACAUAACAAUACAAAGUGUCACAGCAAAAUGGCUUACUUUCUCAUUUUGUUUCUAUGAAAUUGUAGUUUGUACUGGCUUCAUUAGUGCUUUUUAUGUAGCCUGCUGUAAAACUAAGCAAAUAGCUAGAUGAGUUAAUGUACCCCCUGGAAGACCUCUGCGUACCCGUGGUUGAGAAUCACUGUGUUAAGGGAACCACCAUUCUGAGUGAAUUUUUAAAUUUUCCUCUUUUUUCUUUUACGUUUGCAGGUGUAAUAAUUUCAAUUUUGAUUUUUUUUCCUUUUUGGAAUGUUGAUAUGUUUCUAUGCCAGCAAAAGAGACAGCAUGAUCUACUAGACAGUGCACAGAGUAGGGAGUCAGAAACUCCUGUAUUCUGAUUCCUGCUCUUCUACUGAAAACUUUUGUGACCUUCGGCAACUCUUUAGCCCAGAUUUCGAAAAGCAUUCAUUAAUGUUGAAAAUCUUCAGUUCUUUUGCCCAGUGUGUUAUAAUCAAUGCCUGAUAAUUUUCAGAGACACUGAUCACAAGGAACUCUAGUGGGAGUUCAGUGGGAGUUGUGGGUUUAUCACAUAAGAAAAAUCAGACUCUCUGGAUCUCAAGUUUGGCACAC